UGUUUUCUUCACCUGAAUUCAAAGGAACACUGAUGUGCUGUAUUUGUGUGCAGAUCGGGUUCAAGAGGAGAUUGACAGAGUGAUCGGUGGACGUCAACCCGUUGUGAACGACAGGAAGAAAUUACCAUAUACAGACGCUGUGAUCCAUGAAACCCAAAGACUGGCCAACAUAGUGCCCAUGAGUCUCCCCCAUACGACCAGCUGUGAUGUUAACUUCAAAGGAUAUUUCAUCAGGAAGGGUACUACGAUAUUUCCUCUGCUGACGUCUGUAUUAAAGGAUGAAAGUGAAUGGGAGAAACCGCACAGCUUUUACCCAGAACACUUCCUUGAUGAGAAGGGCCAGUUUGUUAAGAAAGAUGCAUUCAUGCCCUUUUCUGCAGGCCGCAGAGUGUGUGUGGGAGAGAGUUUGGCCAGGAUGGAGCUCUUCCUGUUCUUCACCUCCCUCCUUCAGAACUUCCGCUUCACUCCUCCACCUGGAGUGUCUGGAGAUGAGCUGGAUCUCAAAGGGAUAGUGGGAAUCACAUUGAAUCCAUCACCACACAAACUGUGUGCAAUCAAACGGUCCUGAUCCAUGACAAUAACAUUGAUCCUUAGAAGAAACAAUAGACCCAACACAUUUCACCUAAUUUAAAAUAGAGAAGGAAUGAUUUUAACACAAAUUUUACUCAUGCUGAGUAAAUCCGCAAAAUGUCAGUAUGUAAAUAGCGGCAAAAAAUCUGAUGUGUGAAACCACUUUUGACUUUUUUUGCAUUAUAAAACUUGUUUUAUAACUUGUCUUUUAACAGAAAUAAAAUAUUUUGCAGCUACUUGAA